UGUUCAAACAUAUUUGUGCUUAUUUGAUGUCGGAUACAAUAAUUUUCUAGUGUUAGUUAGUUUUGUGUUUGUGUUUCUGCAAUGGCAGAAGUGGCAAAUUGUAUACAUUGUGGAAAGAUAGUUGGGCAGAGGCAACGUGCUGUUUCUUGCGAUGCCUGCGAGCGAUGGCAACACAUAGGCUGUGAUUCUGGUAUAUCCCUGGCAGAAUACAAAGCAGCAACAAGAGGCGAAAGAGAAAUUCACUUUCUAUAUGCAGAAUGUUGCAGAAGCAUUCCCACUAUUCAUAGUGUGCCUGAGGACGAAAGGGUAUCACAUGUUGACCCAGAUUUAACACAGGUUUUCAAAGGCGUCAUGGACAUCCUCCAUAACGAGACUCGAGUGACCGGACGAUCAUUAUCACACAGUUGGUCUAGUCUGUUUUUAAAAAUAUUUAAUGACAUAGCAGAAUAUACUUCGCAAAGUAAAUUAUUCCAUUCAAAUAUGAUUAUUUGA